AUGAUCGCCAAGGAGGUUAUUAUUUGCAUCGCUGUUGGCAUAGUUGCAGUAGUCGGUUCCCCUAUUGAAGAUGGCAAAUGGCAUCCAUACAAAUAUGGAGACGAUGGCAAGUACAUUCCAACAGACGAAGGAAAAUACAUUCACAUACCAAAUCCCUAUAUCCACAUCGACAACCCUUACGACGGAGGCUACGGACCGUACUCACACGAUUAUGAACCUUACGUCGGUGAGGCUUCAGUCGAUCACUACAGGCACGUGUUGACACCUCCCGAUGAGCUUCUGCCUUUCUACAAAGAAGGUUACUAUAAGAACAACGGUAUCAAGAUCAUAAGACAGAAGCACAAUUACGACGAAGAUAAAUAUGACUUCGAUUUCGAAACCGAGAACAAAAUCCGAGCGGAGGAGAAGGCCUUCAUUAAAAACCCGAACACCAUCGACGAAGGCAUCGCAUCCAAAGGCUUUUACGAGUACAUCGGCCCCGAUGGCUUCUUAUACCGGGUGGACUACACCGCCGAUGAAAACGGCUUCCGGCCAUCGAUAAAGCGGAAAGAAACCCCAUAUUCCGGAAAAUGGGUUCUAGAAAAAGUCUAA